AUGGAUAGCUCCGUCCUGAUUGCGUGGUUCGCCGUGUUCAUCGACUUUCUCUCCGUCUUUAUCGUGUCGCCGGUGCUCACCCCGCUCGCGCUGCAAUACGACGCCACCGCCACGCAGGUGACCCUCCUCUUCUCCAUUGCGCUGGGCUCAAAUAUCAUAUCGUCAUUCGCCUUUGGGAAGGCACGCGAUACGUUCAAGCGGACCAAGCCGCUUAUUCUCCUCUCUUUUGCAGGAUCAACAACCUGCCUGGGGCUCAUGCCGGUGGCAAACAGCUACGGCGUUCUGGUGGGCAUCCGGGGCUGCGGCGGUUUCUUUUCCGGGACGAUGGUCCUCUCGCAGAGCUACAUCGCUCGCAACUCGCCGCCGGAGAAUAGGGCGCGGUACAUGGCGGUGUGCACAGCUAUGGUACCACUUGCGGUCAUCUUUGGACCGGCGCUGGGCGGAGGCCUGUACUCCGUCGGCGGCCUGCGCCUUCCAUUUUUUGUCGCUAGCAGUCUAGGCGCGAUUGGCUUCACCGCCGCAUUGGUCUUGUUCAAAGACGACCCUCCCACCCCAACUGUGCCGGCGGCGCCCAAGCAGGACGAUGCGAAGGUCGAGGAGAAGUCGGCACCGCCGGCCGCCCGUCCCUCCGAGGCGUUGAUGAGGGAGCAUGCGCCGCUCAUUCGGCUGGUGACCUUGUGCGGAUACCUGCACUACUUUGCGAUGAUGACCUUCCAGUCGUUGGGGCUCUACUUCAUGCAGGUCGAGUACGGCACUGACCCCGUCCAAUUCUCCCUAGUACAGACCAUGGGCGGCAUCGCGGCAACCGCAUGUCAGACGCUCGGCUUCAUCAAGGUCAGUCCGAGCAUCGGAAAGCACACCUGUGAGGUGAUCGGCAUCGCCGUCACCGCCCUCGGCUACAGUGUCAUGGCGCUCGCCGGCUCACUCCAGGUCUUCCUCGUCGGCGUCGGACUCAUAUUUUCGGGGAGCGGCUUUGGAAUCCCUGCCAUCACGACGCUUCUGGCGCGCUACUCCACGCCCUCGCGCAUGGGUGCUGUUCUCGGGUCUGGGCAAGCCUGCAUGGGCCUGGGGCGCUUUAUCGGAUCGUUUGCUGCCGGGCCGUUGUACACCGUGGCCCCGCGCCUGCCCUUUGCCGUGGCGGCCGCCAUGGCGGCGGCCACCUCUGCGCUGAUGAUGCUGACGCUCCACCUGAAUCGGCAGCUGCCUGAGAAGACAAAGGCCGUUAUGCGCGAGACGAAAGUCACUGCGGCGGAAUUGUUUGACGAGACGUUCCGCGGAAGUGUUGUUGCGAGCAAGGCCAGCGGAUCGCAUGAGUCGACGAUGGUAUGA